AUGUGCUUCUCGCGUAUGUUUACAGUUUCGGAAAGUGGAAAAGAUUGUGAGGCCAUGUUUCGUGUGGUGCAUAGACGAUAUUUUGACAAUCCAUAUUUGACCAAUAGCGAAGCUGAAUCGGAUAAGGUGACUAAAGAAACCCUGAAACAGGAAGCCACAAAUCUCGUAGAAGAAAUCAUGAAACGGAGACAUGAUUUGGACGAUUACGAUGGAGGUGCAUACGUUGGCAUUGCAGGUGACGGGUACAGCGUGCUGUAUGCCUCGCGACUUUUGCCAGAGAAGGCAGAACAGUACGCAAAUUUCUGUUGUAAAAUGAUACAGGAGCAAUUAAAGCGAGUCAAGCAAAGCAGACAUCGCAAAGACGAAGGACAAUAUUUGCUUGGUACACUUGGGAUAUAUGUCAUCAAAGCUAUACUGGAUUACGAAAUGAAGAAGUUUGUAAAUACAACUGUCAUUGAUAAAAUAACAUCCUUGAUUGAUGUGAUAUGUGCUAAAGAUUAUUUACCAAAUGGUGCAGAUGAAAUACUUGUUGGUAGAGCUGGCUUUCUAGCAGCAAUUUUAACUUUAAGGAUGCGUUUGCAUCAUGAAAUCAUACCUAAUUCAUGUAUUAAAAAAGUGAUUGAUUGUAUAAUCAAUUCUGGCCGUUGUUACGCUAAACGGCAUAGAUCUCGAGCACCGUUGAUGUAUCAGUAUUAUAAUGUUGAAUACCUCGGUACUGCUCAUGGUUUGAUGGGCAUUCUACAAAUGUUGCUUAGUUUUUCUGAUCUUCUGGAUGAUGCAGCAUUAAGAGAUAUUGACAGCACAUUGGAUUGGCUUCUGGAAAUACAAGAAGAAAAUGGUAAUUUCGCUCCAAGUGUUGAAGAAAUCGGCGUAAAACGUGGAUCCAAUGAACUUCUGCACUGGUGUCAUGGUGCGACUGGUGCUGUUCAUUUAAUGAUUGUUGCUUAUAUAUGUACUAAAAAAGUCAAAUUUUUAAAGGCGGCUGAAAAAGCGCUUGAUCUUAUUUGGGAACGAGGUGUUCUGCGCAAAGGGCCAGGAAUUUGUCAUGGUGUUGCAGGUGGUGGUUAUGCGUUCCUUCUUUAUUAUCGUCUAACCCAGAAGGAGAAGUACUUCAAAUAUGCGCAAUGUUUCGCUCGAAUUGCAUGCGAUCAGAAUUUCAGAAAGCAUGCCCGAAUACCAGAUAGUCCAUACAGUUUGUUUGAAGGUAUUGGUGGUUUGUUAUGCUUUCUCGUCGAUGUUUCAGAUCCAUCAGGGGCGCAGUUUCCUUUAAUCCCAAUCAGAUUCGAAUAA